AUGGCGGCGGCGACGAUGGAUUUGGGGACAGAAAAUAACCCAUACAUGGGGUUUGUCUACACAUCGUUUCAAGAGCGAGCCAUUUUUGUAUCACACGGUAACACGGCUCGGUUGGCUAAGGAGGGUGGUGAUCCAGUGCUUGCGCGCAUAUGCGGCACCGUCGCUGCGGAUGAGAAGCGCCACGAGAACGCGUACGUGAGGAUCGUAGAGAAGCUUUUAGAAGUGGAUCCCACGGGGGCCAUGAUGGCCAUAGCAUACAUGAUGCGCCACAAGAUCACCAUGCCAGCGCAUUUAGUGUAUGAUGGGCGGGACCCACACCUCUUCGAUCACUUCUCUGCGGUGGCACAACGCCUCGGCGUGUACACUGCCGGUGAUUACGCAGAUAUCAUGGAGUUCUUGAUCGUAAGGUGGAGAUUGGAGAAGCUGAAGGGUUUGACGAGUGAGGGAAAGCGUGCACAGGAUUUCGUGUGUGGGCUUCCACCCAUAAUUAGGAGGCUGCAAGAGCGAGCUGAAGAGCAAGCGCGCAAGAACAAGAUAAAUGUCAACUUCAGCUGGAUCUUUAACAAAGAGGUGCUCCUUUGA